AUGCCUACCAGUAUUAUCCGUCCAAACCCCGACGAAAUGCCAAAAUCUAUUAUGAAACCCUCUCUGCGAGGCAUUUGUUUUGAUGCUUCAGAUUGGGAGCAGUUACCUGGGACUCCAAUUCUCAGUAUCCUACAGUUGAAGUUCCUAUCAGAAGUCAACCUAAAGGAUAAUUCAACAGUCUCAGUUCUCUGGCGAAAGUCUGUAGACUUUGUGUCUACGAUCCAGGGCUUCCAAGGACUCUUUUGGGCGCCAGUCAACCAAAGCACAGUCAUGGUCUUGAUUCAAUGGGAGAAUGGUCCAGCCUGGAGUCGAUUCCAAUGUUCAUUGGGCUUCAGUAUGCUAUUAGGCUACCUAGAGCAUGUUACCAACCGCUGUACGCAGCUUGCUCUUCCCGCUCAUAUUUCCAAUGCUAGCUUUCGCCUGGAGCUAUUCUCCUAUGACUUCCCGGCCUCUGAAAACACGCCCGACGAACGACAAUACAAAUUCAAAGAGCGAUGGAAUUCAUUAUUUCGGCUUAACGCAAUGAAUGACCUGAUAUAUGCUCGUGGAGAAUGGGUGGAAGCGGAUUUCCGAAGUUAUGAGAAGAGGUUCGAUGUUUCUUCUACGAUAACAGAAGACUUCAAGGUUGAGAACCAUUACUUUUCUGGUCUUAUCCUCCGGAAGACUGGUAUUGAUUUGGAGAUCCCCUCCAAAAUUGCCGAUCAAUUUGCUAUUCUAGCAAAAGAGGCAAAUGGCUUGGUCAUCUCUAUGACAGAACAAAUGCGCUACGAAGGAUUAAAUAAUUCAUCGCAAAAGACAGCCUGUGCUCCUCUUUCCGAUCAACCAACUUGGGAUUAUCCGCUGCUGAAUACACCAGUGAUUCGCCGAUGUGAUCUAGAGGACUCGGUUCGUCUUGACUUCGAAGACGUGGUACACAUAGAAUCAAUGAGACAGGCAUACACGACUGGUAACAAACGAAGGGUUUCUAGUCCGGCUGGUAAUUGGUUCCAAAUGGGGUCGAUGACACAGUACGAACUACCUUCGAUGCAUACUCAACGAACUCGUCAAUCAGCCACUGUACUUGAAGUGAUCUCUUUCCGCCUCUUGCACCAAACUCCCAAUUUCGAUAAUCUAUUUGCAGAACUUCGCGUUGCCAUUUGGAAGCUCCGACAUAAGCCUGGCGUCUACCGAGCCUCUGAUCAUAAUGAUCCCACUCGAAUGUUCUUACUAGCUGGUCCGCCUCGGUGA